AUGACGUCCAACAUAUCGAACCCAACGCAGUUACCACUAGCAAGUAUUCUAGUGGCGCGUUUUCUGCGGUCCAACAAUUACACACAGACGCUCGAUGCCUUCAUUCGCGAGGCAGGCCUUCCGCCUAAUGCAGGACAGGUAAAUAGCAAGGCAGAGGAGCUGGAUGGAUGGACGAUCGAGAAUGUUAUUGAGGAGAAGAAGGCUUUUGAUCAAACGGUGAAUUUUGAGAGGUAUGGAGAUGAUGAGGAUGCGCGGGAAAAGAGGGAUCGGUGGAGUAGUCCAGCACCAUCGAAACCAUCUACGAUACACACACCGAGCUCUUCCAACUUGCUCUCCGUUUCCGUGCAGCCCUGGGAGCGCCAAUCUUCUCCAGGAGAAACAGAAACAGAGACGGAUUUCAAGUCAACCUACAUUAUUUCCACUGGGGCUGACAGACGACUGAACCUAUUCAAAACCUCUCCGGACCAUGAAGCUGCCGCGUCGUUCUCAGGACUGGCCGAUUCGCCUAUCCUGUCGCACGUCACACUCCGAGGCGGAUCCUACCAGUUGGCCACCACCAUGUCCGGACAGCUGCUCCUACUUCGAGAUUCUGAAGUCCUGCAUCGACGUAAAGACCAUACGAAGUAUGUUGUCCAGGUGACUGCUCAUGAGCGAUCGGACUCGAAUACCGUAUGGAUCGCGACGGCAGGCUGGGAUGGUAGAAUCUUGAUUUAUUCUUUGGAUCUCGAGCAUUCUCCACUGAUAAUUGGGGAACCACGAGCGAACAUCCAGCUCUCGACGAAUCCGGAAUCGAUUCUCUUUGUCAGACAUACGGAGACGGGAGAAUUAUUACUUCUCGCCUCGAGAAGGGAUUCGACUUAUCUCUAUUAUUAUGACGUUUCAUCAGAACCGUCCACUGCAGUAGAAUCAGGGGAGGAGGGCGAUAAACCAUAUGAGCCCCGUCUUCUGGGAAAGCAGAACCUGGCUCCACACUCAAACGCCUGGGUUGCCUUCUCGCCAUCUUAUCUUGCCCUGAGCCCUCAUGACCCAGGGUUGCUGGCCGUGGCUACGUCGACACUACCGCAUAUGAAAGUCAUGAUUGUACGCCUUCUAUUUCCAUCUCCAGAUGCUAGCUCCAGUGGUGAUGCAUCCGAAGCCGCUCCUGCGGAGCCAGAGACGCAAGUGACUCAGGCUAUGGCGGCGCUGGCGCUGCAGAACCGCGAAGAUGCCGCUAUCAUGAUCCAGGCGAACACCUUAGCUCCUCAGACGGCAUAUUCGACACCACAGGUCGUCUGGCGGCCGGAUGGGUCUGGACUUUGGGUAAAUGGAGACGAUGGCGUUAUUAGAGGUAUUGAAGCGAAGACGGGGAAGAUCGUGGCGUUGCUGAAGGAUGGGCAUGAGGUUGGAAGCAAGAUUCGGAGUAUCUGGGCUGGAUGGGUGGAUGUCGAUGGGAAGGAAGAGAAGGAGGAAUGGGUUGUUAGUGGCGGGUUUGACAAGAGGUUAAUUGUUUGGAAGGUUUGA